GUUCUUUCUGGAACUUUCCACAGGCUUCUGGUCGGGUGAAAAAAGAAGAAUUCCAGAAUCCAGAGGAGUCUUCUCCCGUCGCGAGUCUUAUUUUCCUCCCAAAACGCCGCUGAUCAAUCAAUCAUUCAUUCGUAAACAUCCUGAAGGGCUCUGGUUUUUCCUGAGAAGAAAGAGGAAAGGGCGAAUUUCAAGUCUGUCAAAGUGAAGAAGAGAAAGAGAGCGGAGGUUGGAGAAGGGAUGGGGGUCGACUACUACAAGAUACUGGAUGUCGAUAGGAACGCCAAAGAUGAUGACUUGAAGAAGGCUUACAGAAAGUUGGCUAUGAAGUGGCACCCCGAUAAGAACCCUAAGAACAAGAAGGAAGCUGAAGCCAAGUUUAAACAGAUCUCCGAAGCUUAUGAUGUGCUUAGUGAUCCUCAGAAAAGGGCAGUUUAUGAUCAGUAUGGUGAGGAGGGGCUUAAGGCUGGUGUGCCACCGCCGGGAGCUGGUGGUGCCGGUGGUGGUCCUGGUGGGGCCACAUUCUUCUCCACUGGAGAAGGACCAACUUCUUUCAGGUUUAACACUAGGAGUGCUGAUGACAUAUUUGCAGAGUUCUUUGGGUUUUCUAGACCCUCUGGAGGAAUGGGGGGUGGUCCUGGAAUGAGAGAUGGGAGGUUUGGUAGUUUGUUUGGUGAUAAUAUGUUUACGUCCUUCGGCGAAGGUGGUGGUGGAUCAUUGCACCAAUCACCAGCCCAUAGGAAAGCGCCUCCCAUAGAACAGACAUUACCCUGCAGUCUUGAAGAUCUCUACAAGGGUACGGCCAAGAAGAUGAAGAUUUCUAGAGAGAUUAUUGAUGCGAGUGGCAAAAUAAUGCCUGUUGAAGAGAUUCUAACCAUAAAUAUCAAACCGGGCUGGAAGAAAGGUACAAAGAUUACAUUUCCCGAGAAAGGAAAUGAGCUGCCAGGUGUUAUACCGGCAGAUCUUGUGUUCAUAAUUGAUGAGAAACCUCAUAAAGUAUUUACGCGUGAUGGGAAUGACUUGGUUGCCACACAAAAGAUUACUUUGAUAGAGGCAUUGACCGGCUACACGGUGCAUCUCAUUACGCUGGAUGGCAGGAACUUGACUAUCCCUAUCACCAGCACGAUACACCCAAACUAUGAGGAAGUUGUUCCAAGGGAAGGUAUGCCCAUCCCUAAAGAUCCAUCAAAGAAGGGGAACUUGAGAAUUAAGUUCGACAUAAAGUUUCCCACAAGGCUAACGGCAACUCAAAAAGCUGGCAUAAAAGAACUACUGGGAUCUAGUGUCUGAUGUCCGACAAUCCAAGACAUGAUGUUUUGCCGUAAGGAUAGGAGGGUGGUUUUGGAGUCGUGCACUUUGUGUUUGAUACUUCUAUAUAGCAUUCCUAGUUUUCUGUCCCUUUUUUGGUAUUGAACUAUAUAUAAGUAAGGUGGUAACUGGUCAAAAAAGUUGGGAUAAUCGAUGGCUUUGUUUCCAAAUCAUUAUAGAAGGAAUAAAAUAGACUAAUUGGGGCAAAAAUCUCCAGAUUUGUAUUAUAGGAUUUCAUAUGACAUUAAUCAUCAAUUCCUUUCAUUGCUUUGCACUC